GCUAGUUCUCAUAUUUGGUUACAUAAACAACACUCUAGUGAUCUCUCUAUAAAACUUGCAAGCAUUCAUUUAAUCUACACCGAUAAUUAAACCAUGGCUUCUCUCUUAAUCCUGCUCUCCACCUUGUUCCUCUCCUUCCUCCUGUACUGUCUCCUCUUCGAUGGAAAGAGGAGAAUGGGCCGAAGACCACCACUUCCCCCGGGCCCAAGAGGAUGGCCCGUUCUAGGCAAUCUCCCACAGCUUGGCACCAAGCCUCACCAGACUCUCUAUGCUCUUUCCAAAGUUUACGGUCCGUUAUUUCACCUUCGUUUUGGCUCUGUAGAUGUUGUUGUAGCCGCCUCUGCUGCCGUUGCAACCCAAUUUCUCCGGAACCACGACGUCAACUUCAGCAACCGGCCACCUAACUCCGCAGCCGAGCAUAUAGCAUAUAACUAUCAGGAUCUGGUCUUCGCUCCCUCCGGUCCACGAUGGCGGAUGCUCCGAAAGCUAUGUGCACUCCACCUCUUCUCCACCAAAGCUCUCGACGAUCUCCGCCCCCUUCGUGAAGCCGAAGUUGCCAUCCUAGCACGUACACUGCACACCCGUGCACGCACCCAUACUAUGGUAAAUUUAGGGCAAGCCUUGAUGGGAUGCACCACCAAUGCGCUGUCAAAGGCCAUGCUCAGCCGAAGAGUGUUCGUAGACGAGGAGAGCAAGGAAGCCGUAGAGUUCAAAGAGUUAGUUAUGGACCUAAUGAAGAUAGGAGUGUUCAAUAUAGGUGACUUUGUGCCUGCAUUGAGAUGGUUUGAUGUGCAAGGGACUGUCGGUAAGAUGAAGAAGCUGCAUCAGCGGGUCGAUAUCUUUCUCAAUAAGGUCAUCGAAGAGCAUCAGGCGGCAACAGGGGUUGGAGGUGAUCUGCUCAGCGUGCUGAUGAGGUUGAAGGAGGAUGCGCAUAGUGAUGGUGGCAAACUCACGAACACUAACAUCAAGGCUCUCUUCUUGAACUUGUUCACAGCCGGAACAGACACAACGGCAAGCACUACUGAGUGGGCCUUAUCAGAAAUGAUUCGUCAUCCAGAAAUCCUUAAGAAAGCCCAAAUUGAAUUGGAUUCGGUUGUGGGCCAAGACCGCCUUGUUAGCGAGGCCGACCUACCCAAUCUUCCCUUCCUUCAGGCCGUCGUCAAAGAAACAUUCCGCCUCCACCCUUCGACGCCGCUUUCCCUCCCUCACAUGGCCUCCGAGGCAUGCGAGGUCAACGGCUACCACAUCCCUCGACAUUCGACCCUCCUCGUAAACGUUUGGGCCAUAGCUCGUGAUCCAACAGUUUGGGCCGACCCGUUAAAAUUCGACCCGACCAGGUUUCUGCCGGGCGGAAGGUAUGAGCACGUUGAUGUUAAAGGCAACGACUUUGAAGUGAUACCGUUUGGGGCCGGGAGAAGGAUUUGUCCUGGAUUGAGUUUGGGGCUUACCAUGGUCCAGUUUAUAACUGCAACGCUACUUCAUGGAUUUGACUGGGCCUUGCCUGAAGGCCUUUUAGCGGAGAAGUUAGAUAUGGAAGAGUCCUAUGGGAUUACAUUGCAGAGGGCGGUGCCAUUGAUGGUCCAUCCGAUUCCUCGGUUAGCGAACAAAGCUUAUGAGUACCGAAAUCCGGUACUUUAAGUAACUACUAUUUGGUGUCGAAAAAUGAAAAGCAGGACCAAGACUUAUUAUAGAAGAUUGCUAAGUGUACUAUAUUUCUAAUUUUACUUUGAUAUUAAUAUUAAAAUAACAUC